CGCGGCGUGUGCGGCAGGCUGAGCUGCACCGCAGCGCAUACACUACAAUGGCUGCUGGAAAGAGGGGAAAGCAAACAAUUUCCAGGCCCGCCGCGUCCAGCCCGAAAUAUGGGGAAAAAAUUACAGAAAAAUCGGAGAACCCUGUAAAAGGCGGGAAGAGGGCGCUGAGGGGAUGCUGAGGCUCCCGCGGUGAGUCUGCUGCGGGUUUGGGGGUCAGGAGCCGGGGUUCAGCAGGGAAAUAUUAGGGUUAUUUAAAUUCUGAAGGGGGAGGAGGAGGAGAAGGGGGGAGAGCGGAGCGGCAGCGAUGAGGGAAAGUUUGUGCGGCUCCAUCUCCUUCCCCUGCACUCUUGGGCUGCGUCGCGCUUUUCGCGGGGGUCCCCAGGAGCAGCCCCUCGAAAUAAAGCCUCGCUUUCCUUAGCUUUCUGACUUGGAGUUUCUCCUCUCCUCCGCGCCCCCCCCCCGACUCCUUCAGUGAGGUUUUCACUGAGAGGCUGCAAAGAGGAUCGCACCCCCCUCCUUCUUCCCCCUCGUUUCUUGUUAUACAAACGGGGAGGCGGUUUUGCAGAAACUUUUUUGAGAAGCCCCCCCCCCCACCGCGCUUUCCUCGCUCUGAGUCUCUCUCUUCUCUAUCUCCCCCCCCCCCCGGAGCUCCGGAGCUUGUGCUUUGAAUAUAGUGACAGCAGCAGUAGCAGCAGCAGCAGCGAGGAGGGAGCGGAAGACAUUAAGAGCCCGCGGUGCCCAAAAAAUGAGAGAAAAUUAAUAUAAAUUCAGCCGUAGCACCAAAGCGGGCACAUUUUGCGCAGAAAUGUCGCGGGUGGGUUGCACUCUCGGGACGGGGCGGCGGGAACCCCUGGCCAAAGCUUUAGGGGGCUCCCGAGUCGCUUUGGGGCGUGCAGCGCCCUUCUCCUCCCGCUUUUUAUUGGACAAAAGUUUUUUCUCUCCUUUCCCCCCCACCCCAUAAAGAGACGAGAUUGCCUCCCGCCUGACUUGGACCGGCCGCGGAGCCUUUUCUUUCCCUUGCGUGGGUACGAGAGAGGAGUUUGGGAAUGCGAGCCCGUUUGGAGGGUGGGUUGUAUUGGGGAGGUGGGGGGGGGUUCUCUAACUGGAAGCAGGAGAGAUCUGGAGAGAGAGCAGGGACAGCUUGUUGUCAGUAUCAUAAACAACCAAAAUGGAGGGAGAACCGAGGCAUAUAACAAAAUAAAAAAUAGCCCCAAAAAAUUCUUAAAAAUGCCCCAAAUCGUCUCCGUCCCCCGAUUUCUCUCCUAAGAGAUCAGGUUGAACCCCGCGUCCCCUCACGUCGGGGUUUCAGCUCUCAGAGAGCAAGGAGUUAAAACUGAUGCCUAUUUUUGUUGUUGAUGACUGCUUUGGAAAGGCAAAAGCUCUUUUACAGCUCGUUCCCGACAAUGCGAGAACGUGAAAAUCCCCUUUCUCCCUUGAAUGGUGGUGGGAGGUGGGAAUGCACGAGCUGCACAACUUUGGGGCAACGAGGAGCGAUUGCACGGGAGAUAAAUGCUGCAUUUGCCAACUUUGUACCUUCGUUUUCGUGCCCUUUGUUUGUUUGGGGGGGCACAGGUGGGGGGAAAGGGGGAGGUGGCGCGAAAUGUAAUACCUAUGCAUUGCUUUUCUCCCGACCCAAUUAUGAUAUGUAAUGCAAAAGAGCAAAUAUUUCCGAUUUAUGGAGUACCUUUUCGUUGCCUAUGGAUCCCGGUGUUUGUGUCCACGGUUUUUGAAGUGCUUUCUGUUAGAGUAGUAUGGACUGGAAGCAACGUGUCGUAGGGAAAAUGAAAAAUACACAUAGUGAGACCACACUUUUGGAGGAGAACCGGGGCUUACUUUAGCAUGCUUUUUCACCUAUUUUGUAUUCCGGGGAAGAAUGUAUUCUGCAAUUUUCUCAUGUUUAUUAAAAAAUGAUGCCUCAACUUGCAUCACAUAGAACUAAACGCGAAAGUGCUGCUGAUGUUGAUUUCCACGUGGGAUCAGGGACAGAGCAUGGUAUCUUAAAGAGACAGCUCCUCUUUUCUUCUAGCUAUGCUCACCUAUGCAGAAGUUCUGGCUAAAGUUGGCUUGGAUUUGUUAAAGUGUAAAGUCAUAAAUCAAACUCUGAAGGCAAGCCAGACCAGUGGCUACUUAUCCUGGUGGAUUGCAUUAAAUCCAAGGGGGCUGUUGAGGUGUAAAAACAGUUAUUGGCUUACCCUUUUUGUAGGAGAAAUUGGUGGAUAUUGUUUGGACCUAGCAUUUAUUAUCUCUGAUGCAACUCAAGAUUGUGGUAUGGUGGCUGAAUUUUAAUUCCAUUGUUGUGUCUUGGAUUUAGAAUGGUGUGUGUAGAGAUAGCCUAAAUUAUAAUAAUAUUCUGCUAGUUUUCAAGUCACUGGAAGAACACAAGACAUUUAGUGGACUUUAUGGUAUAAUUUUAAAGCCUUUUUGCAGACAUAGACAACUUGUUUGGAUGUCUUCUGUUUCAUUCCAUUGAUUUAAAAUACAAACCUGUUCAUAUUUAAAACCUGCAAGUAGUGUUCAAAGGAUCUGAAUUUCAAACCCGCAAUAUUCAAGGGGUUAGAAUAUAUGCCCUUUUCUAAAUCGCUCUAUUACAGAUUUGUGUAAUGUGUCUUGAUUUGGCUUUAUUGAAAUACAUAGUUGUGAUUUUAUUAUUUGUUUGACAGUAAAUUUUUGUUAAUUGAAACAGAUUCCAAAAAAGUAUCUAUGAUAGAUGUUGCUGAAUCUUUAACUUAUAAAUGUGUAACUUCCAUGAUAAGAAAUGUUAUCUAUAAAGACUUAACUUAAAUGUUUAAAAAGCUGCUGGAUAGUAGAAUGGUAUUUCGGAUAUCUAUUGUCCCAGAUCUUGUGUUUCUUAUGCACAAUUACAUUUUCAUUUAAAGUGAUUUGCUCUUUCACUGUCUUGAUUUAAAUCUAAAUUAAACUCUUGAUAGCAGGUAUUCUGCUCAAAGAGAUGGACCAAAUCUUGAGAGAGACUUCAUCAGUUAUACUUUCUUUUGUUCUUUAUAUACCAAAUCAAUUUUCUGCUCAAUGUGUAAUCUGUUUCUAUUCACUUUUAUAUAAGUCUCACUGUGUUGAGGGGGCUUGAUUCUCCAGUGUACAUAAGAUUUCAUCAUUUGUUAUCAUAGAUGUCUUGCACCUUUAUUGCAUUAUGUAGUAGACUACUGUCCUGGAUAACCCUGUGGCUUCAGAUUUUGGAAUGAAAGCACCUUGUUUUCCAGUGACACAGUCCCCCAAAGUAAACUGUGUCAUUUAUUCUUAGAGAAUGGAUUUAUACAAACUAUAUAGCAAUAAUAAUGUGUCUGUGGGAGAGGGUUAUUGGUUUGUUUUUGUUUUAUUUUGUAUUUUGUGUUCUUAUUUUGUAUUUUUAUGUUGUGAACCACCUGUGAUCUUUGGAUGAAGGGCAGUAUACAGAUUUAAUAAAUAAUAAUCAGCUCAUGAGGGGAACAUUUAUCUGUUAACAUGGAGUUGUAUACACAUUUAUUUUUUAUUGAAAACAACUCUAUUUUUGGCAUAAACAUUAUCAUUUAAAUCAAAAUAGAAAAUAUCUGAAAGCAAACUUGGCAAAUGGUUGAUGCAUGCCAUAUGGUUUAAGAAUGUCACAUGAUUUACUAGUGUUUGUAGAUAAUUUUCAUCUACCAGUUAAGAUACUAGGUUCAUAAGUGCACCUAGGAUAAUAGUCAGAAAUUUAGCCUGUAGUCAGUUCUUAUCCUAAAUACAUUUGAUACAGCAUGCACAUUUUAUCACAGGCAUGAACCAUAACAGUGUGUGCCAUGAAUUGUUAAGCUCAGAAGUCAGAACACAUGAAGUCUGGUGUCUCUUCAUUAUCUAAAUUUUAAAGCUAUUUUGUAGAUAUGGAGAAGUACAAAACUUGCAUUUGGAUCUUUAUAUGUAUAUACAGAUCUGCUGUACAAUUAUUAAGUAGUCUAAGGUAAAAGCAUUGUGGAAGAAAUACAUUUUCUGAAAGCACCAAUUACAAUUUUGCUUUCUUCCUCUGUCAUGAAAGUUCUCCAUCAUAUGCAAAUUUAAUGCCUUUAAAUGUGAAUGCUCAUUCCAUUGAUACAUUUAACAGUAAGGAGACUGAGAAAAGUAACUCUUAGUAGAAAAAUAGCCUGAAAUAUUAAAUUUAUGGAUUCCGAUAAAGCUGCAUUUAUCUUUGAGAACUAUUUUGUUUAAACUAUGAAGCACUUGCAUAUAAUUUUAGUUGGUUAGUUAAAACAGUGCUCUAUGAAAUUAGUUGAUUUUUUUUAUAAUUCAUAUAAUGUAGAUCCAUUAUUAUAUACUAUAGAUUAUGCAGACAGAUUCCAAGGCUUCUUGAGUGAAUCUUAUUGGCCAAACUACUUUGUGAUGCUACUUGCCUUAAGCAAAACCUUUGAAGUCUAAAGUAGCUUUUGAGCUUUUCAUUGUAAGUUUUAAAUGUUAGUGUAUAUAAAUAUAAUUGUAAUUAUAUUGGGUAAAGUCUUCAAAACUUUUUUGUGGUUCACUAUAUUGUAGUGCUAAAAGGAAAAUCUGAAUAUAUGUUGAUGGUAUGCAUCUGAAAGCAAAUAUCUGCAGAUACCAUUCAUUUGUUUUAGUAGAAAGAUUUAAUAGCUGUCCAAAUGAGCUGUUGACCAUUUUUAACCAAUUUCUAACUAUUUAGAAAGCUUUCAGACAAUGUGAAAUAAUUCAAAUAUGUGAACAAUGUAAUAUUUUGUACUGAUCUGACAUACAAUAUGUGUUUGAAAUCUAACACAUGAUGGACGGUUGCUGCAUUAAGCAAGCAAAACAUUUCAGAAAUAGAUAAUAUAUUAGGAAGAAAACAUAAGAUACAAUUGUAGUCUAGUUCUUGAUUUGGAAAUGUCAUGGAUUUGUGAAUAGAAUCAGCAGACUGAAUAUGUUCCUUUUUCAUUGGAAAUUUUAGCAUUUUUCUUUGCUAUUGCUAUUGCAUAAGUAGCAAUUAGAAUCUUCUGUGCACUGUCUUACCUAGCACUAAGUCAGCCUUUAAAAUGUUUAUGUUUGUUUUUAUACAUAAUUGUUUGAUUGGUAUCUUAUAUUCUAGCUACCUAUCCUUUGCAUAUAUGUUUUUCAGUAUGUCUUAGGACAUGGCAGGAAUAACUUUUGGAAUCUCAUACCUAAGAAUUCAGUUUCCAAAAAGUAUUUAUAUUAGUUGAAAGUGCCAUGUUCUUUGAUCAGUACAGUUGUUAGAAUUCAUACAAUCUAUGGUUUGUGCUUUAAAUUGCUUCAAAAUUGGUAUCAAAGUUAUUGUGAGUGCUGGGAUUUUUUUUAUAUGUAAGCUGAACUGAACAAGUAGGAAAGAUGAUGCAGUCAUAUUAACAUUCGUUAGUUUAUAAAAACAAGUUUUCUUACCUAUUUCAGUAUGUUUAAAUAUAUAUUCUCUGAACUUGCUGUAUUAAGGAAUGUACAUAGUAGCAGAAUGUUUCAUAUGCAUGCAUAUCUCUUGCCAGAUCUAUUACCCAUUAAAUGUUAAAAUGUGUGAGUAUAGAAAUAACUGGUAUAAUUUCCAAGAAUAAAAUGAAGCAGAUUAUUUGCAAGACAGCAUAAUUUCUUAAUUCAGCUCUUUUUAAAUUGAAUGUGUUCUAAGACUAAGUUAUAAUAUUCAAAAUGGGAUUCAUACAUCUUGUGUUAAAUAAAUGAAGUAUUAAGAGCUUAACAAGAAAACUGAAAGAGAAUUAAGAAAAAUAUACUUUUAAAGAAAAAUUAGGAAAUUCAGCAUGGGGAGAAAGUGUCUUGCCAUAAGCUGUUAUAAUCUUAUUUGCACUUGUUGAGCCAAAAGUGUCGCUUUGUGGAGAAUAUCCCUAGAAAUCAGAUUAGAAAGUGUUUAAUGGGAAUUAGUUAUCAGCUUUUUAAUGGACAAAUACUACUUUUAUAAAAGCUAAGAUCUGAUUCAUAUGUUGACAAGGUGAACUGGAUUCAUUAAUUUUUAAUGUAUCUUUAAUAUUGAAUACUGUGAUAUUGUUCCUCCCACAAUAACAUCAAACUCAAAAUUAUUAUGGUUAUAUUGAAUUUUUGUCAUUUAAGCAGAUUUUAUGCAUAGAUCUUUGAUUUUAAUUACAAAAGCAAUUACUUAUUUGUAGUGACUAUGUUAAUUUUGCAAAUUUCUGGUUAAGUCACUAAUGAAGUACUGUGUUACAAAAUGUAUUUUUCCAUUUGACAACUGCAAUAGUCCAAGCUCAUUUAAAUAUGUUCAUGAAUAUUUGUUUGUUUCUUCAGUGUGUUUGCUUAAUGAGAUGGCUGCAAUGUUCCGCAAUUACAUUUUGAGAAGUGGAAGAAACUGUUUUUGUUAUGUUAGCAUAUGAGAUGUAUAUUAUAUGUAAUAAAGUUAUAUGUAUUGUAUGAUAGCAUAUAACGUGUCCUGAAUAUACAGUGCUACUGUUAUCAUAAGGCUCUUAAAGAUAUUUUAGUUACAUACUGGUGAUUGAGAUUCGUUCAGCCAAGAGAACCUCAUUCAUAUGUGUUUGUGUGUGAGAUAGAUAGAAAAUCAUACAAAACAUUUAUGUUCUAAAAGAGUAGGAAUAUUUUUAUACUUAAUAUUAAAGUCAGCUGUUAACUUUACAACUGGUAAAUCAUGUUCUAAAAAUUAUUUGCAGUGUAGAUAAUUGUUUAAAAUAUGCUUUGUGUAUUAAAUAGUUGUAUAUAUUUUGAUACUAAAAGUUUUCUUUAAAAUGCUGACAUUUUUAUUGAGGUUACAUAGCAAAUCAUUUAGUAUUCUUAACUAGCACAAAACUACUAUUUGAAUGUUCAGAAUAGAUUAGUCAUAGUAAUAGUAACAUUACUAAGUACAAACAAUUUUUAAAACAUUCUGGAACUAAACUUUUCUGUCAAGUCAAACAGAUAUUGUUAAAGCUGAUUAUGCUUGUUGGAAGAGAGUGUAGUUGAUGCAGGUUUAAUCACUCUCCUCUAGGGGACUUUUAAGAAACUAUGAACCAUGCAUCUAAAGAGCAGAUCCAGCAUUGCAUGCUUAUUGAAAAUGCCGGUUCAGUUGGAUUGUGUAUUUUUUUUCAGUGUCCACAUUAGAAAUAUGUAUAGACUGAAGUAUAAGAACUUUCCCAUAAACAGAUAAUGCAUUUCAGUCCAUUGAAAGAGGAUAUUGUCAAGUGCAUCUGUUGUUUUUUGAGCAAGCAACUUUAACAGUAAUUAGAUACAUAUAGCUUGAUAAUUGCCUUUUAAUGUUAUCAUUAAUAAAAACUGUGAUUUUAUAGCAUGCUCUGAUCCUGAGACUUGGAGUGAAGAAGAAAUAUUUUUAAUUCUCAAACAAACCUACGGGAGGCUAAAUGAUUUCCCACAGUUACUCAAGGAGUCUGUGGCUGGACUGAUUGCUACUGAAGUCCAGAUCCAUUACCAAGUAAAGAUUAGUUUGAAACAAGAAAAUAAAUUACUUUAAUAAAAAGGUCAACUGUAUCCAAUAUGCUUACUGAUUUGUUUCAGUAACCUAAUUUUGUUUAAACACCUAACCACCCUAGCUCCUGAUAACCGUCAUUGCUUUCUUGAUUGAGACCAUCUGCCAAAUAGCAACGCUUGCCAGAGAACUACCAAGCAGAGGUGGCAGUGGUGAAUAUUGGACCCAUGGAGAUAUAAGCGGCACUUCCAUAAAACAGUGAGUUGCAGUGGUGGGGUACUGCAGCAGAGGCAACCCCAAAGGGGGGUAUGACACCAAAGCAAGGGUUCUGCUUUAGGGAGGUGCUAGGGCACCACUCUUUCAGUUUUAGUGGCUGCAUGUGCCCAUUUGAAGGAUUCCUGAGUUGGAAUACAAAUCUUCUGAGUGUUGGGAUAGGACCUACACCUAUGACCAAGUGAAAGCUUGAUAAUGGAAUCCUUCAGCUAGGGUGGAGGAGUCAACUGGGAUCUGUUUACAGUAUGAGUGUUGGGUGGCUUGAGAGUAUGUGUGGUGGUUGUGGAAAUAGAAUGGGAUAGGAAUAGGCUUGAUGCAUUGACUGCUAGAAGGUGGUAGUAAGUGAUUGAUGAAAAUUUGGCUUAUAUAGACACUCUUGGGGAUUAUGAGCUGGUAAUGCUUCGAUGAGAUUGUGUUGAGUGCUUUUAUGUUGGUACGGUAAUCCUGUAUGUGUUUAACUGGAUAUUGAGAAUUAAUAUUGUAAGGGGUGGAUGGAGCAGAGUCAUGAUAGCUUCUGGGAUAUUCUGGGAGGUCAGUAGGCUUUCCUUGAUUCCAUUGCAUAGCUGCCAAGUUUUCCCUUUUCUCGUGAGGAAGCCUAUUCAGCAUAAGGGAAAAUACCUUAAAAUAAAGGAUAACUUGGCAGCUAUGUUCCAUUGGUUACAGGCAGAAGAAGUUAUGACACUAGAGAGCAGACAGGCCAUUUGCAGAAAAAGGUACACAGCCAUGUACAGACUGUGUCCCUUUCUGGUCUGUCCCUUAUCUCUUGUCUGCUAGUAGCUUGGUUGUUGGGCCUUCUGCUCUGACAAUAAAGCUGUUUAGCACCAGUUCAGUUCGCAAUAACACAUACCCGGUACUCACGAGGGAGUUAUUCUGGGAUGCGUUUCUGAGACAUAUGUGGGCUAGAUAUCAAGAAAGUUUGUUCACCUAUGAUGUGAACAUGCAAAAAAGGGUGGUGGUGGAAUCAACUACAUUCAACCCGAGGAAUAAUCCAAAAACAUGCAACACGUCUUUAAAAUACAAGAAGCUGACCAUAGUCAUGGGCUCUCAACUGUUACCACUUGAAAUCCCGAAUGGACACUUCCCUUUGAAGGGUGCUUAAAAACAGCAACACUCAUGUGCACACCCAUGACUUUCUACAGCACCAGCUGAAUUGGAUAAACACACAUGUGUGAGUUGGAGUUGUUAUAGUCCGUAUAAUUCAUUUAUCUGGCUAAGAAACCUCUCUGAUCUGGAAUGGGCUUUGAGAGCCUACUGUUUGGCAAUCAAGACAGACUGGGAUUGCUGCUCAUGCACCCCUAACCCUUCUGGACUAAGUUUGCUAAGGUGGUCUUGAAGUUGGUGUUGAAGAACUGUUACCUGUAUUCUGAGGUGUAAACAUCCAUUCUGGCUUCAUAACCUCCAUGACUGUCUGUCAUUGACACACAGAGAAGAUCACAUCCUCAAUCUUGUCUUUGCUUCAGGGCAGGUGGGAGUGAGAGUCUGGAAAUGGAGGGUGGUGUCCUGAUAACCCCAUUGUUAUGGCCAGACCAUUUCUUGGUAAGCUUUGAUCUUAUAUUACCAGUUCCCCCUUUCAACGAUAGGACCCCCAGUAAGAUCCACAGUGCAGCUAGAGGUACCUCAGCCCAAUGAGUCCCCAAAUGCAUGGUUUGUAUCCACCAUGAACUGUGCAUUCAUUAUUGUAAAGCCAAUUUUGUAGAACUCCCUUAUAGUUGAGAUCGAACAGGUGCCCUAUUGUUUUUCACAAUAACGGUAUAUUGAUUGGAGGUCUAUAAAUAUUUGUUACAAUCCAGUGAAUUCAGUCCCAAAUUCCAAUGGAAUUGGUUUAUUUUGGGGCACAAUAACUCUGUUUUGCAAUAUGAUCACUUGCAUUCUAUAGGGCAUAAAAGCCAACUAAAUCAUUGUGCAGGUGAAAUGGUUUCCACAAGUACAACAGUACUUCUCACUCUCCUCCCCCUACAACACCCUCUAAUCUGCUCCAGAGGGUUGAGGGAACCCCACAGAGCAGAUUUGGGAGGUAUUUGGGUGAAAGGGAAGGGAACUUCCAUUGCAUUAACAGAUGUUGUUUCAUUUUUGCAGUGAUUUAGUUGGGUUGAAGCCAUGAAUUGGAAUCCAGUUGGUGCCCCUCCCUUUCACUUGAUGAUGAAAGAGUCCCUUUUUUGCCUGAUGAAAGAUUGUCUACAUUAGUACACGGUCUUAGGGCAAAUAAUUUUGAUGUGUUCAUUAUGAUCAAAGAAAUGUGUGUAAUUUUGACUGGUAUUGUGUAAUAAAUGGAUGAAGUGAGUUUUCCAAGGCUUGAAGUCCUGCAAAGUCAGGAAGCUUGUUUAAGUUAACUUAGGCAAGUUUUUCCUCUCAACCUGUGUCAAAUGUUUCUGUGAGGAUAAAUGAAUUUGGGGCCCAGCAUCCUGAAAUUAAGUGACAAAUCUGAAUUGGGUUGACAUUCCCACUUAUCAAGAAGCUCAUUACAUAGCAUUUUUAUUGUUAGAUUAUUCAGCUAUGCUACACUAGUCCAAGUGCUUUCUAACUUGUAUGCUUUUUAAUGAAGGACAGUGAUAACAUCAUGUAUGCAUACAAAAACCUGAAAUCCUAGAUGUCUUUCAGCAGGAAUGGGACCUGCGUAUAAGAAAAUAGUUCAACAUUCACCACCAGAUUCACUAAAUAAACUGAAACCUGCUACUUCAACAGAAACAAAUGUUUUUAUCCAAGUUUUAUCAAACACAUGCCUCAGUAAGAAUUUAAAGGAAUCUGGUACUUAUAGCCCUUCUAAAAGUAUACAUGUGUCUGUGCAUUUGUAGAAAUACACUGUAAUUUUGUACCAUUCUAAGUGUUAGAUAAGAGAGCGAUCAAAUAUCCAUGCAACCUUUUCCAUGUGGUUACCUGCUCAGAUGUUUCCAUCUUCAUUACUAGAUUUUAAUGCCAGAACUAAUGUUAGUUGAAUAGUGAGCCUAUUCACAAAAAAGGUAUACAUGCUAAUUCUGAGUAGUGUGAGGUAUUAUUUUUUAAUGUUUUUAUUUUAUCAGUAUAUAACCCUUCAUCUGAAGAACACAUGGUGGUUCAUAACAUAAUAAUACAAAAUGACAACAAUACAUAAUUUUAAAAACCCACAGCUCUGCCUUCCACAAACACAUUUAAUCAGCUAAAGGACUGGUUACAGAGAAACAUUUUUGCCUGGGGUCCAAAGAAAUGUAUUGAAGGUGCCAGACUCUCUAGGAAGAGCAUUCCACAAAUGGGGAGCCACCACAGAAAAGCCCUGUUCUCGUGUUGCCACUCUCCAGACCUCACAUGGAGGAGGCACAUGAAGAAGGGCAUCAGAGGAUGAUCUCAGGGUCCAUGUCAGUUCGUAUGGGGAGAGGUGAUCCUUGAGGUAUUGCAGUCCCGAUCCAUUUAAGGCUUUAUAGGUAAAAAUCAGCACUUUGAAAUGGGCUGGGAAACUUACUGGCAGCCAGUGCAACCGGAACAGGAUUGUUGUAACAUGCUCAAAACUUCUUACCCUGGUGAACAACCUAGCCACCAAAUUCUGCAGCAGCUGAAAUUUCCAAUGCAUCUUCAAAGGCAGUCCAAUGUAUAAUACAGUAAUCUAACCUAGGGUUUACCAGAGCAUAGACAACAGAAGUUUGGCUAUUCCUGUACAAAUAGAGGUGCACUGGGCCAGUAGCUGAAACUGAUGGAAGGCACUCCACGCCACUGAGGCCACCUGAGCCUCAAGUGACAGCGGUGUGUCCACUGCUUCCAUCUGGUCUAGGGAACCACCCACUAACAUUGCCUCAGCCUUACCUGGAUUGAGCUUCAGUGAGUUGGCUCUCACCCAGUCCCUUAUUGAGGCAAUACAACAGUCCAGCACAUCCACAGUCACACCUGCAGAUGUAAAGGAGAAGUAGAGCUGUGUGUCAUUAGCAUAUUGCUGACAAUGUACUCCAAACUUUUGGAUAACCCCACUCAGUGCUUAAGGGUGGGGAUUGAAUCCUGAGGAACUCACAUUGAAAGUUUCAUGGGGCCAUAAGUAUCAUCUUCUGGAAACGACCAUCCAAGUAGGACUGGAACCAACACAAAGUAAUGCCGCCCACUCCCAACUCAGACAGCUGCUCCAUAGGGAUACCAUGGUCAAUGGUAUUGAAAGCCUGAUAGGUCAAGGAGAAGUAACGGGCACAUUUCCCCUGUCUCUCCUGACAGAGGUCAUUAUACAGAAUGACCAAAGCAGUUUCUGUGUCAAAAUUGGGCCUAAACUUCAAUUGAAAUGGAUCUAGAAAAUAAAUAUCCUCCAAGAGCAACACCUGCUCAAGAACCUUGACCAAGAAGAGGAGAAUGGCAACUAGCUGGUAGUUACUUAAGAUUUUCAAAUCCAGUGAGGCUUUCUUGAGGGGUGGUUUUACCACUGCCUCCUUCAAGCAAGCAAGGACCACACCACCUCGCAAGGAGGUUUGAAUCCCCUCCCUGACUCAGCCAACUGCCCCCUCCCUGCUAGUUUUUAUCAGCCAAGAGGGACAAGGGUCCAGAUUGCAAAUGGUUGCACUGACUGAUCCAAGCCCCUUGUUCACAUCCUCAAGCCUUACAUAUGAACUCCCUUGAGUUACAGACUUGGUUAUAAAACUUACAAAAUAUUUCAUAACUCUGUCUCUGAAUUUGCCAUAUAACAAGCGCUACCGAGACUAUAUGAUUCAAAUAAGAUAGUUGAUUGGAGUUUUGCAGAGCAGCUGAAGUCCAGCUUAAGUUUCACCAUUUGAUCACCAUCCUGUUUUACACAUACUGUACAAAAUAUAGAGGAAUUGAAUUUGUGCCUCAUAGAUAUUGUCUGCCACUGAUAUCUCUUCAAUAAUGGAAUAAACUAGCUCACAGAAUGUUCAAAUGGUUCUAUUAGUUUGCAAUCUGACAAUAUUUAAACUUGCCAACCAGAAUGUCGGCAGUUCAAAUCCCUGCGACGGGGUGAGCUCCCGUUGCUCAGUCCCAGCUCCUACCAACCUAGCAGUUCGAAAGCACGUCAAAGUGCAAGUAGAUAAAUAGGUGCUGCUACAGCGGGAAGGUAAACGGCGUUUCCGUGUGCUGCUCUGGUUCGCCAGAAGCGGCUUUGUCAUGCUGGCCACAUGACCUGGAAGAUGUACGCCGGCUCCCACGACCAAUAACGAGAGAUGAGUGCUGCAACCCCAGGACUGGACCUAAUGGUCAGGGGUCCCUUUACCUUUAUCUGACUGGGGUUGGUACUUGAUUGCAAAAGUCUGUGAUUAACAUAACCUGCAAAUUAGUGUCUGCCAGCUAAGCAUAUGCUCAACCUUCUAAAACAGCUGCCAAGACAGUUGGCUAUUUUGUUGCUUUGAUAAGCUUGUACCAUUUAAGCAAAAUGCACACUUGGAACUUGCUGGUAUUAAUAGCAAGUGCUAAAAGCACCUCCAUGCCCUGUCUUUUACAGAUGUGAGUGCUGCAAGGGCAUGAGGCUGCACAUUUUCCACAGUGAUGCCCACGUAGUGGAACACUGCCAGCUAAGGUAUACCUGUCCUCAUCUCUGUUAGAUUUCUCUUGGUGGGUUAAAUUAUUAUUGAGAGUGUUUACUGAUGUCUGAAAACUGCUAUCUAUCCUUGAUUUUGUGUGGAAUCUUGCCUAGUUCUGUUUAAUUCAAAAUCUCUUUUUGUUUAGACAGCUUUAUUUUUUAUUUAUGGCUGUAUACCACUUUGCUGUUUUUUUGGAGGCAACAACAAAUGUAACAAAAGCCAAGUUUUUUUCUUAUUGCUUACAGUUCACCACUUACCUUGAAAAGUAGCAACAAUGGGAUGAGGGUGGGGAGUGGUGAAAUGUAGAUUUACUCUUUGACUAGUGAUGUUUAUAAAUCUUUCGGUGGGUAAUGGAAAGAUAGUGUGAUAGUAGUUUUGGGUAUCAAAGGACCUUGCAGACCAGAUACCUUGUUUGGCAUGUAGGCACCAUAACAUCUUACAGAAGUAUCUACUGUAGAUACUGUAGUUAGCUCAAUAAGCAAAUUACAAUAAACUUAUUUAUGGCAAUAUUUUAUGAAUUACUUCCCAUAAUUGCUUCAUUGAGACCACAGAAAUUAUUAAGAGGGUGCUGGUGUCAAUAUCUGGUGCUUGCCGUGCUUUGUGCCUGGAUAUCUAUAUAGGUUGUCAUCCUCCCUAGUGUUGUUCUCUAAUAUUUAUUUCUUAUUUAAAGCAUUUUUAAAACCAGAUAUUCAGCCAAAAGAGCUUACAGAUCAAUAAAAAAAUUUCAGGCUUACAGUCUUAAAAGAUGUAGUACACAAGGGGGGUGAGAAAGAAAGAGGGUGAAAAAGCAAACCAAGGGACCCCUUCACCUUAAGAGUCCCCCCCCCAAAAAAAACACAACUUAAAAUAAAACCCUACUUGGCUGGGAUGGAAGCAGUUCCAGGAAGGGAGGAACUGAAAUGAUCUGAGGUCUCCGGAUUGCUUAAGGAAUGGUAAGUGGUGUUGCUUCCCAUGUGUAUUCGUAAGUUUUGAGAAAUAGGGGGUAUAAGAAUAAGUCAUACUUGAAAUAGACCUGUUGAAAUCAAUGGAUUUAAGUUCAUCAUAACUAAAGUCAGUUGUUUUCAAUAGCUCUACUUAAACUGUGACUUAGUCUGAUAAUACCAAUAGUGAUUAAAUAGAGGAUUGUAAGAGACCUAAGGCAUAUCAGAUCCAACAUCCUGUUUUUGUAGUGGUCAAUGAGAUGCCAAGGGAAGCCUGCAAGCAUAACCUGAGUGCAGUAGGACUCAGCACUUAAGCUCCCUACCAACAGGUAUUCAGGGCAUGUUUCUUCUGCCUCUGGAGGCAGUAAAUAGCCAUCAGGGCUAGUAGCUGUUGAUAGUCUUAUCUCCAUGAAUUUGCUUAAUCUUUAAAAGGCAUCACUGCAUCUUGUGCACUGUAUGAAGAAGUGCAUGCAUCGUUUCAUCCGUCCUGAAUCUUCUAACGUUCCCCUUCAUUAGAUGGCCUUUGGUACUAUGAAAGAGAGGGGUUUUCUCCCUGUCCGUUUUCUCCACAUCAUACAUGAAUCUGUAUACCUUCUAUUAUGUCCCCCUUUACUCACCUUUAUACCUUUUGUUAGUAGUUCUAGAUCCUUGAUCAUUUUGGUUGCUCCUAUCUGUAACCUUUCCGACUCUACAAUAUCCUUUUUGAGGCGAAGUGGCCAGAACUGUAUAUAGGAUUCCAAGUGUAGUUGUACCAUAGACUGUGAUAUUAGCAGCCCCUUUCCUAAUUAUCCCUAAGGUGGAAUUCACCCUUUUUCAUAACUGUUACACACUGGUUUGGCAACUUCAUUCCAAAGUCUCAUUCCUGAUCAGUUGCCACCAAUUCAGAUGUCAUUAGCAUAUAUGUGAAGUUAGGAAUUUUGUAUCACCUUAUACUUAAACUGAAUUGCAUUUGCCAUUUUAAUGCCCAUUCUUCCAGAUUGGAGAGAACAUUUUGGAGCUACUAGCAGUUUCCUGCUUUAAUUAAACCAUUAAAGGAUGCCUCUGCUGAGACACUAGCUGCAUUCCACCCAAAGUUUUUAAGAGUGGGAACUGUUAGUUAAGUUCAGUCCUAAGUUUGGAUGUUAUUGGCAUGAAUUUCUAAACUUUUAAGAAACAAGUCUAGACUUCUUUGCCACUUCCCUAGCGAUAGUAUAACUUGUGAGGAUUAUCUAAUACAAGUUGAGUGAAAAUACCACUUUUGUCAAUUCUCUUGGCACUGUUAUUGAGACUUCUGAAAGAAAAGCACUACACUUUUCUGUAUUAUCAGUGGUACUCCUUUUUAGAUCAUUAGCACACAUGUACAUUUUAGGACUUCUUAACAUCUAACUCCCACAAGCUUCUAUCAAUAAACUUAUAUUUUAAUGUGCUAUUGUGCUUGUGUGAGAAAGUAAGAGUCCAGGGUAUAUAGGAUAGCAGCUGCCAUAAUUUCAGUUGAUUUUCAGUCUCUGGAUUAGUUCAUUAGGUUACUUUGACCUGCAGAUCUAGUCUGCUCACAGAUCAAGGGAAAAUAUGAAUGCAUAAAUACUGAAGUGUAUGUAAGCACACGAUGAAACUGUAGAAAACUGUAGUACUUACGUAGUAUGGAAUUAAGGUAAAGGUAAAGGACCCCUAAAUGGUUCAGUCCAGUCAAAAGCAACUAUGGGGUAUGGCGCUCAUCAGGUGUCAUAUCUAUUUCCACGCUUGAGUGAAUGUAUAAGCACCAUGGCUCUUUCCUGAAACUAGGCUAUGCCAUUCUAGCAUAACUGAUUCUGAACUAUGGAUGCAAAUAUUAAGUAAGCAUCAGUAUCUUUUUUUAAAUGUAUCUGAACUUGCAUUCAGCAGGGCAUGUAUAAAACAUCAGGGGUAACAUAAAAUCACAUACCUUUCUGCUAAUUGCACAUUAUUUGACAGUUGUGAUGACACAUCCAUAGGAAAUAUGGGCUUGAUACCAUAUUCACUUUUAUGUGCACCAGUUUUUAAAAUAGAGCUGUACAAUUCCCCUGCAAAUUAAACGCAUUGUGGGUUUUUUUGAGGGGAAGCCUAUUGAAUGGAACAGCUUACCUGCCAAAACUUGUCCAUCAAAAGGAAUUUCACACUAAACUACUAUAUUUGUCAUUUGUUUGGCCAACUAAAAGCACAGCUGGAGAUCACAUUAUAUUGUCCAGUUACUUUAUGCUAAAGCUCUGUGGGGACAGUAAGCAGUCAGAAAGAGUAUGAAGAUGUAAUAGUAUCAUGAAGAUGUAAUAGUAUCUAAUGGUAUAAAACUUUAAAGUGUGGUGCUGGUUCAGUCAUUCUGUCUUUAUAUUCUGUCUCAUGUAAAUGGAUCUUGGUUUUCUAUAUGUAUAGGAAUUGGUCUGAAUUAUUGACCCAGGGUAUGCCUGAUCCGAGUUAGUAAUCACAGAAGCUGGUGGCAGUGAUAAGUGAAGAUUUCUGCUCUGUGCUAAAACAGAGAGACAAGAGUUUGCAUUCUAAAUCAGGGGAAAUUAUUUCACACAGUGGUAAAGCUGGGGAAAUUAAGAUAGCUAUGCCAUGAGGUUGAGACACCUUUCCCCAUUAUGAUUUAUAACUAGCCUCUGAUGCUAUUGACCACCAUUCUUUCUUCACCCACCCACCUGAGUACUACUAGUACUUAUUUCUGUACUUCUUCUCUGUCAUCGCUUCCCCUUCUGGUUUCCAUUGUGGUCAUCCGGGGUUCUGUUUUCAGCACUUUGCCUUCUUUGGGGUCAGUUUUUCAAUUCUUUAAGUGGGUUCCCCUCUUCUGAUCCAACAAGCAGCUACAUGUAGACUUGUGAUAGCAGUGUCCUCUGAGAGUUUCAUGAGGUUUGCAUGUGCAGAGUAAGGCAAAGUGAGCAUGUGAGCCCUGGAAGAAAGAGGCAGGGAAAGAUGGCCCAAAGCAUGGAGGAGUGUGACACCUUGCAGAGAAUAUGACUUUGCAUGUAGCAAAUGCCCUGCUCUGAAGUCUGUAUGAAGAGUUUUCCCAUGGAAAUUAAAUGAACUGUACCACCUCUGCCCAUGAACUCCAUUCACAUUAUGACCUUGCCCCAGAAGUGUCACCCAUGGAUAUGUGCUUACUUGCCACACACACACACUUCAUCAGGUCCCCUCCUACCAGUAUAAGGUCUCCUUGCUGGACCCUGACUUGCAAACAACAAUGCCACUUCCUCUAUGAUUCUCAUAACUGGCCCGCUUCCAGCCACGCUCUUUUAGCCAUACUCAAAACAUUGCCAAAGUCUUUUCUGGAUAUCCACCCCCUUAGUAUUUAUUCUUUAAUUUUUUGCCAUGUAUGUAAAGCUGAAUGCACACAAGUUAAAUGUGUGUAAGUUGAGAGCUUUAGCGUACAUGUUGUUGCAUUUUUGUGGUCAAUUACCAGGUCUCCAUUAGGUACAAAAAAGAUAAAGUAGCAGUGCUAUUUGGGGGGGGGGGGCAGAGGGCUUUUCAGUGGAAAUGUAAAAAUUAAAACAGAAGAUGUCUGCUGAAUCUUUAUUGGCAGAGCAUUCUAGAACUGUGUCAGUGCAGUUUCUUAUUGCUGUCAGGUGAGCUUUACCAUCUUUGGGAGGUGACUAACAAUGCUCUUGCAGAUGAACUCGGUGAUUGAGCUGAAAUAGAAGUUACCCUGGAUCUGUCAAGUUGUUCAGGGCUUUGCAAAUCAAUGAACAUGAUGUAGUAGUAGCUAGUGAAAAUGUUUUAACAGUGGUGUCACGGUGUCGGCCAUGCACCCCUAUCUGUAUGGGCUGCCAAAUCAGGAGCCUCCAAAGCAGCCCUAAGGGCAGCCCCAUAUAGAAUGCAUUACAGUAAUCCAGCCUUUAGGUUGCCAACACAUAUAAUGGCAGUGGCUGCCGAGACCACAUAACACCAGUUCUGAAAGACCUACAUUGGCUCCCAGUAUGUUUACGAGGACAAUUCAAGUGUUGGUGCUGACUUUUAAAGCCCUGAAUGGCCUCAGCAGUAUACCUGAAGGAGCAUCUCCACCCCCAUCGUUCAGCCCAGACACUGAGGUCCAGCGCCGAGGGCCUUCUGGCGGUUCCCUCACUGCGAGAAGCAAAGCUACAGGAAACCAGGCAGAGGGCCUUCUUGAUAGUGGCGCCCGCCCUGUAGAACGCCCUCCCAUCAGAUGUCAAGGAAACAAACAACUAUCUGACUUUUAGAAGACAUCUGAAGGCAACCCUGUUUAGGGAAGUUUUUAAUGUCUGAUGUUUUAUUGUAUUUUUAAUAUUUUGUUGGAAGCCGCCCAGAGUAGCUGGGGAAACGCAACCAGAUGGGAGGGGUAUAAAUAAUAAAUUAUUAUUAUUAUUAAUGUAUCACUGUGCAAGAAAAGCUGUAGCUGGUGAACCAGACAGAACUGGUAAAAGGCAUUUUUGGGUGCUGAUACCUGGAAGGUGUAAAGUUUCCUCAGCCCUCUGCGAUGGAAUUUUAUUUUAUUUUUAAAGGACUAGACACGAGAUGUGGAUGUACUGCAGAUCAAGAGUUCUGAGUUCCCACUUGCCUGUGAGCUGCUACAUAUCUAGGCAAGUGGUUAUUUACAUGUCUGGCUUGAAAGGUGGGUGAAGGUUUUUUAUUUUUAUUUUUUAUGUUUUUGCUUUAACAAACUUUUAUUAGAUAUAUAUUCCAGUAUUCCUUAGGAUGAUUCCUUUUAUGCUUACAAAAAUCUAGUCAGGUGUGUUAGAUCAAAAAAUGGGCACAAUAUUUCAUUCUUUAAAUGGACCACAGAACUGAUUUAGAGAUUGUAUUCUGGUCUCCUUCGUCCAAGCAUGACACAUCAUAUCAUGAUGCCUUUUAGGGCCUCAUCCACACCUCCAUUUGCCUUGCUGCUUUCCCACAGGGAAACCCACAGUUUACCACUGUAUCAGACCAAAUUGCAAUUGGGUGUUCUGUGGAUUGUUGUUUGUUCCAAUUCAGCAGUCGAGAGUGUUUUUUCUAGGCGAACGCUGGGGGGCAAACACACAGCCAUUCAGACCCAUGCCUAGAAAUCACAGGACCAGCAGAAUACCACUCAGAUCGGCCCCAUGUUUUUUAGACACAGAACAAAUGGACGAGCUCUUAGUCACAUUUAUAAUUAUAGGUGUGUUCCCAUGUUUACAAGCUGGGAUGGCUUAUGCUUCCCAGAAGUGGGAAUGCUAUAAACCCUACCAGUCCUGUCAAGCUACCCCUAACCACACCUUUACGUGGACCUUUUUUUACUAUUCUACCGCAGCUCUGCUAAUUGAAGGUUCCUCUUAUCAGCCAUAAUAUUUAAACCCACAUGUUCAGAGACAGUAUAACUCUCCAUACUGGAUGCUAGGGACACUUGCAGGUGGGAAAUAUAAUCAUAUUCAUGUCUUGAUUGUGAACAGAAGCACCUGGCUAGUCACCAUUGAAAACAAAGCUGCGCUAGACUUCACCUGAUCUAACAAGUCUGUUAAUACUCUUAUGUUGUGGGUUGUUUUGGAAUAUUUUGAACAGGAAAACUUUCUGGUUCUAUAAACUAACUGGCGUUUGAUCCAGUCCGUUAAAAACAAAACAAAAAAACCCUGCAGAAAUAUGCCUUAAUGAAUAUGUCCCCCCCAAAAAUAAACUGAAAUAUUUGAUUAAGAAGCAACUUCAGUAAUAUACAGGUGUCUCCCAACUUGCGCACAAUCAGCACGUGUGCUCCUGCUGACACACGUGCCAAAAAUGGUGACGACAAAGGUCAGGGCAGAACGGGGGAUCCCCACUUGUGUGCGUUCUGGAACAGAACCCCCAUGUAAGUGGGGAUUCCCCUGUAGUUGUAAAGUUAUAUCCAGACAAAGUGCAAGUGUCAUUGGGGGUGAGGGAAAUGAUUUUUUAAAUAUGAAAUGACAACUUGAUAGCAUCCACUUCAUUUUACAAUGGUAUCAUUUUGAGAAAGAGAAAAGGGCACUGUGUUUUUAUCUUGAUAACCAAAUUUAGGAGGAAACUCACAAAACAGUUUUUCUUUUUCCUCUUCUCACUGUAGUUCCUUACUAUAGCUAGUUGGUAGAACAGGAGACUCUUAAUCUCAGGGUUAUGGGUUUGAGCACCACAUUGGUCAAAAGAUUCCUGCAUUGCAGGGAGUUGGACUAAAUGACCUUCGGAUUCCCUCCUAACUAUAAUUCUGUGAUUCUCUGAAAAGCCUGUCCAGAGGACUGGGAUGUCUCCUGAAUAGUAGCUUAAGGGGAUUGCUUUUUGCAGUCUGUGCUGGUGCCUGAUAGUAGUACUACACCUGCAAAAAUCUUUAAAAAAUCAACACUUUUAUCACAGACACGUGUGUGUUGAUGACCUUUCGCCAUUAUCUAAAUGUUGGCUUUGAUGCAAUGUGGGGAAACCCAACCAGAUAGGCAGGGUAUAAAUAUUAUUAUUAUUAUUAUUAUUAUUAUUAUUAAGCACGCUAAAUAUGUGCGAUGUAUUAACAAUAAUACAUUGCUAACUUGAACAUAUAAAUUGUAUUUGAUGUGUGAAACUUCUUUUGUAAAUAAUUAUUAAUAAAAAUGUACUGGAAUAAGUAUUACCUUUUGGUCUUCAUGUGUUCACCCUAAUUAAACAAUUUUGAUAUGAAACCUAGAAUAGGAACAUCUGUCUGAAUGGAAGUGUUCGCUUUGAUAAGUGUUGUUUUCAUUCUUCUAUUUUAAGUUUGGGAAGAGAGAAUACGCUCUCAUAUCGUGCAUAACUUAUUCUUGACAAUCAUACACAAUAUCAAUGCAUAAAUGUUGAACAGUAUCUCUUUUGUAUAAAGUGAACAAUAAUAGAGAAUUCAACAGUAACACUAUAUUUUUAUUUGCUUUCUUGAUUGUAUUCCAAAAUUUCCUAGCCCAUCCCCAGUAGAAAUAAAUAAGUUAUUUCUUUUAGUACUUCUAACAUUUCCCAGGCAUUGUCUGCUCUGUUUUGUGUUACUUCCUAUUAAAACUGUUUAGAUUGCAUGUUAUAGUUUUAUAUUUUAUGAUUGUAUCUAUGGUGGGAUGACAAUUUUUGGUGAGAGUCUGAGGUGGGGUUGUCAAACAUGGUUAGGUGAGGCUGCAGGAUUUAGGCAUAAUUACAAACCAUAGUUAAAAACAAAUCAUCAUUCAUAUGCCAACAGCAAACCAUGGCUUUUCAUCAUGAUUUGUUGUCUGGAAACAAACCAUAGUUAGUUUGCUGGGCAUGCUUCGGAUGGUCGAACAAAUCACACUUUGCCUAUAUAAGCCAUGGCUUAGUGUUGUGUGUGAAUAGGCCUUUGAAACUAAUAUUUUCAAGUUCAUUUUAAAGCUAAUAGAUCAUUGUCCAACAUGUCAAAAGUAACAUUGUUUGUAUUGUGAAUUUGUUCUCUCUAAUGUAAAUGGAUUGAGUAAUUGUUUUCUUUGUAUUAUUAUUCCUACAGUUUAUUACCAGCCCUUCACCCAAAGUCCCAGGGCAGGUUACAACAAUUAAAACAUCCUUAAUUUUUUUAAAAAAGAAUUUGAAUUUGAUCCAGGCAUAGUCCUGCUAUGUGUACUGAGUAGCAUAUUGCAAUUCAUACUUGCAGACUAGGGAGCAAGUUAUGUAUAAGUACAUGUAAUGGCUGCCCUUCAUCCCUUUUCAUGACUGGAAGCCAUGAUUGGUGAAGAGUGCUUAACCAUUCUUCUAACUGAUCCUUCUUGAUUCAAAUCAAAUGCAUGCAUGCACUCACACCUCAAAGUGGAACUCAAACACAUGUACUCUCAUCUUUGGGGUUAUUUGGCUUAUGGUACUGCUGUUGCUUGUGGAAUUACUACCUUUUGUAAUUCACCAUUAUCAGUUACGUGCAUUAAAUUAAAAGGUAAUGGUAAGAGCUGGUAUGCAUUGACCAUUGUAAAGCAUGUUGAUUCCAUGUGCAAAGGACUGGAAACAAGUGAGUGAAUCAAAGGGAAGGAGCAGAACAGGGAAUGAAGACGCAAACAAGAAGAGUAGUGAAGAUUGAUUACACCUGACUUAUCAUCCCUCUUGGUUCUCAUGUAAUGGCAGUAUCUCACAGAACAUACUUCCUCUGGGCACAUUCAGUUACUCGGAUCCUAUAUGCAGAACUGUUCCUGGUGCUGUUAGUUUGCUGAAGACUAGAAGAUUGCAUGCAGCCAGAAAGAGGAGUGUACUGUUGGGCAACACUGUUGUCUGAGCACCAUGUGUGGGAGAAGACUAUAUUAGCUUUCUAGUUUAUAUCCUCUUCUGACUUGCUGUCUUCUAGUCCUGUCUAGAGACAAGAUAUGUUCUCUGCAUGCAGAAAAUCUGGAUCAUGAUUACUGUUAAUUAUUGUUAUAUACCAUAAGAAGUAUGAGCACAGGCUAUUUUUCUUUCCCAUUGACAUCUAGUUUUCUGAAGUCAACCUCUUCACUAAUGUCUAGCCCCUUCUUCUUUGUUUUUCAGAUCAACAAAAAUGGGAAGCACUGGAUUCUGGUUUGCUCCUAGACAUGUCAGUGGAACUGGUUAAGACCAAAAUCUGAAGGUUUUUCUUCGUUAUCCAUCACCAGGUGUGCACUGAACAGAGGCUACCAUAAAUCUGUUUUGAGUAUGAACACCUUUUAAAAUGUCCCCUUUUGCUUUCUUUAACGACCACAUGAAACUUGAGAAGCCAUCUAAAGCUAAAUCAUUUAGUGGAGUUGGGCAAUUCCCAAGUGUCCAACAAGAAGGCCUGGUUUAGGCUGCGAUGGCCACUGUCAUUCCUGGUGAUUUGUCAGAAGUAAGAGAUACCCAGAAAGUCCCUUCAGGGAAACGUAAGCGUGGUGAAUCCAAACCAAGAAAAAACUUUCCUUGCCAACUGUGUGACAAGGCCUUUAACAGUGUUGAGAAAUUAAAGGUUCACUCAUACUCUCACACAGGAGAGAGGCCCUACAAGUGCACACAACAAGACUGCACCAAGGCCUUUGUUUCUAAGUACAAAUUACUAAGGCAUAUGGCUACUCAUUCUCCUGAGAAAACCCACAAGUGUAAUUAUUGUGAGAAAAUGUUUCAUCGAAAAGAUCACCUAAAGAAUCACCUACAUACACAUAAUCCCAAUAAAGAGGCCUUUAAGUGUGAAGAAUGUGGAAAGAACUACAACACGAAGCUUGGGUUUAAGCGUCACCUGGCUUUGCAUGCUGCAACAAGUGGUGACCUCACCUGUAAAGUAUGUUUGCAGACAUUUGAAAGCACAGGGGUGUUGCUGGAGCACCUAAAAACUCAUGCAGGCAAAUCAUCAGGUGGAGUGAAGGAGAAAAAGCACCAGUGUGAACAUUGUGAUCGUCGGUUUUACACCCGAAAGGAUGUCCGAAGACACAUGGUAGUGCACACUGGAAGAAAGGACUUCCUCUGUCAGUAUUGCGCACAGAGAUUUGGCCGGAAGGAUCACCUAACACGGCAUAUGAAGAAAAGUCACAACCAAGAACUUCUGAAGGUCAAAACGGAGCCAAUGGAUCUACUAGACCCAUUUACUUGCAAUGUUUCUGUGCCUAUAAAGGACGAGUUACUUCCAGUGAUGUCUUUAUCUUCCAGUGAACUGACAUCAAAGCCAUUUACAAACACUUUGCAAUUAAAUCUCUACAAUACUCAGAUUCAGUCCAUGCAGAGCUCAACAUCUGCACACCAAAUGGUUGCCACAUCAUUACCUUUAGGAAUGCCUUGUCCAAUAGAUAUGGAAUCUGUCCAUCCUUCUCACCAGCUCUCUUUAAAAUAUCCACUCAGUUCUACCUCAUAUACAGUUUCUAUGACUGAUAAAGAGCAGCCAUUGAAAGGGGAAAUUGAAAGUUACUUAAUGGAACUGCAAAGUGGUAUGCCUUCUUCAUCCCAAGAUUCUCAAGCAUCUUCAUCUAAAUUAGGGUUGGAUCCUCAAGUAGGGCCACUAGAUGAUGGAUCUGGGGAUGUUUCCCUUUCGAAAAGUUCAGUUUCUAUUAGUGAACCUCUAAGCACCCCAUCACUGGACUUCUCUCAGUUAUUCAAUUUUAUACCAGUAAAUGGACCUCCUUUUAAUCCUUCUGUUUCUGUAGGAAAUCUUGGAAUGAGUUACACGCAAGAGGAAGCACAUUCAUCUAUGACGCAGCUUCCUCAACAGGCACAAGAUCCACAUGACCCUGGUAAUGGUAUAGGUCUUGGGUCUUUGCAUUCAUUAUCAGCAGCUUUCACAAGCAGUUUAAACACAACCACAACAUUACCACGUUUUCAUCAAGCUUUCCAAUAGGGUGAAAAAUUGCCUUGUGACAAGUUUAUUUGUAGAAAUGCCUUAGAUUACUUUUAUUAAUGUAGUGCCUACUACGUUAUUUGUAAAUCUACUUUUGUACAGUACCAAUCUCAUUAAGCCAGUAUGAAAUUCAAAUUAACUUUUAAAAUAUUUUGAAUGUGUUCAUUCACAGUUGUUUACUGUUUUUUUAAAUCUCUAUUCUCACUGCCAACAGACCCACACUUAAAAAAGGAAAAGGAAACCAUUCCCACUAAAAGUUAUGUAUCCCUUGUUUAAAGUUUCAUUAAGAUCUGAUAAUUCACUUUGUCAAUGGAAUUGUGGCUAUUUUGAUACUUUCAAGACUAGGAACAAAACAUUACUGUUAAUACAACUAAGUUUGUGAAAAAUUCAGAAUAUUUUUGCCUUGUUCAUGAACUGAAAAUCAUGAUUUAUAAAUAAGGAAAUGUGUUACUCUUGUUUGAAAAAGUUUUUAUGUGUAGUCUUCUUCAAAGGUCUGAAGGACCUACCACUUACGCUUAAAUAACUUCACAAGAAUAGAGAGGAAGAAACCUCUCACUUAAGUGCAAUCUCAAAGUAUUAUAAUUUGGUAAGAAAGUUAUGCCUGAUUGGGAAGUUUUAAAAGAGACAAAAUGUAAGAGCUGACCUUCAAAUAAAAAUAUUGGGUGUAUUCAACUAAGUUUUUGCUCAGAGUAGACUCUUUGAAAUUAUAGAAAUUAUAGUUAGGUCUAUUAGUUUCAGUAGGACUAUUUUGAGUCAAAUAUGGUUGAAUACUACUCACUGGGUAUCCAAUGAGUAUCCAAAGUAUCCAAUGCUUUCUGCUCACUGAUGAAAGGAAUCCAUCAGCAGAAUGGAGGAGGGAGGCAUCUUGUGGGGGAGGAAGUGAAAGGAGAAUGUUAGCCGCUUUGAGACUCCUUCGGGUAGUGAUAAAGCGGGAUAUCAAAUCCAAACUCUUCCUCUGUGACAGUUUCCCCUCUCCCCUGAACUCCCCUGCACCCCCACCCCACCCCCAUCUGUGCCAGACCCUCCGGACCAGAUUUACAGUAACCAUUGUGGGCAGUAGAAGGAGGAAUUGCUAACAAGUGCCUUCUUCCAGUUCUGCUGACUAAUUCCUUCAGUAAAUAAGCAGAAAGUAUCAAAUAAAAUCCAUUUUAAUGUUACCUUUUCCAUAAUCUUUUUUAGCAGUCUCAUCAGAAAGAUAGGGUGAAGUCGAGACAGAAAGUUUUUUUAUAUGAUGUCGAUUUGAUGUUUAGUUUGCAGUCAAAAAAUGAAUGUAAACUGGCAAAUACAUGUUUCCAUAUUAUCAUUGGAGCGGAUCUCUUGAGUUGUAUUUCAUGGUGUGUAAUGUCACCCUAAGUAACAACGCAGAUGGUAAUCACACUUACCACGCCUGGGUAUUUGGCAAGUGAUUUUUCUCACUGCCAAUAAUUAAUAACAGGACUCUUAGGAGUGAAGUAAAAGCAUAUUGCUUAUGCCACUUUUACCUAAUAUAAAAGGGUGUCUGGGAAAACUAACAACAAAAUGGCUACUCAUGCUGUAUAUCAAAUUGCUGUUCCUUUUCAAAAUGCCCUCUUAUAUUCCCUACCCCAAUAACCAAAAGAGGGGGAAACUGUGAUAUAUAAAUGCAAAAUGUAGUUUUGCUGUGACUUGGUAACAUUCUAUUCCUUGGCAUAAUUAUCUCCAAUUAUUUGUGUAAAUGAAUACAAGGUUUUAAGUGGUUGACCUUAAUAUACUUCACAGAAACAAAAGUUGCUCCCAUUAAGGAGCUUUGGCUCCCAAUAUUUGUAUCAUUAGUUCCUACUUUUUUAUCGUAGGAACAAUAUGCAGGUGUGAUUUUACUAUUUUAUACUGAUGUAUUUAAAUUUUAUUACUGAAUGGUAACUUUUUAUAAAUGUUUAUGUUCCAAAGGCAUUAAAAAGGGGUGUAUUAAUAAGGAAAAUACAGUUUCAAAAUUCUGCAAGCUGCUCCAAUAUGCUGGGAGAAGACUUUCUCAAAGUAGACUUUAGCUCUGCUGCAUGAUUGCUUCCUUUAGUUUCUAUGAAACAGGUUGCUUAAAUACAGCUUUAGUGGAAUGACUUGUUCAAUAUUGCUUUCCAGCCUUUUAGCACCAUCAUUUUAAGGGAGGGGAGAGGAGCACAUCAGAAGAAAAUUGGAAACAUUACAAACUUACUUUGUGUCCAAAUGACAAAGCAAAUAGAAAAUUGUUUAAUUGUGAUUAUGAUUAGUAGUAGUAGUAGAAAGGACGGAAUUACUAUCUCUUGAAAGGAGUCAUGUCCUAUGAGAAAAGUAUACCUCCUUCCAUGAUGUUUCGGUAGAUGUUGGAGCAAUUCAACACCUUUCAGAAUCGGUACCUGAGGGACUGGCCUUCUCUGUCCCAUUUUUUUCACACACUCAGUAGUUUUUUGUGUUAAUGGGGAAACACCAGCAGGUGACUAUUUGAAAAAGCUGUUCACCCAUUUCAGAAGUGAGUCGAACUAGUUUUAACCUUUCAUUUUCUAAUAGAGCCUUACCACUACAUUGCUUAUGGUGUUUGACAGGGGUGGUAUGUACAAAGCAUGUCAUGACAAUAUUAUCUGUUUUCAGUGUUAGUUGCUGGUUAACUUGGUUUUUUAAAAAAUUUUUUUAAAAAAACUAGUUUUUCCAGUACUCCUUAAUACAUAUGAAGGCUCCAUGUUGUUACGGCAGUUCCCUCAGGUUGUAAAAUGGGAUUAAUUAGAGACACAGGUGCACUUCAAGUUAUAGUAGUAGGGACCUCUGACAAGAUAUUGAACCUCAUUCAGUUCGUAUUUCAGCAGAUGGCUACACCUUGUGUUUCUGUCACUGAAGUAAGGUGUAGGAGUAUAUGGAAGCAGAAUGACAGCGUAGGCAAUAUUUACACAUUAGUGCUUUAUGACUAUCAUUUAGGCAAAGUCAUUAUUGGCAACUUAAAACUGUCAAUGUUAAAGCCUAUUUUGUAGUUACCAGGUUAAUUCUUAAGGGUGGGGUGUGGUGUGUGCUGGCUGAUCAUGCACCACACUUUGUGCAACUUCUAAACUUCUGCUAUGGAUUAAAAAAAAUAUUAUAUAUAUAUAUAUAAUUUGCUUGUGUUUAUUAGUAGUGAAUUGUGGAAUAGAGUGAUUUAUUCAUUUGGCAGUAGAGGUUUUCAAAAACCAUAUACUGACUAAAAACAUGAGCCAGACCUGAUUGCUUUAUUAAGCUAAUAAUGAAUGUUAAGAGUACAUAUUUUCAGGAUUUUUGCCUAGUGAGCUCUAUGUAUUGUAGGCUGUUUCUCUUGUUGUUUUUUAACUAAAGCUCGAUCAACUUCUGUGUUACACAUAAUACAAGAUAUAGCACUUUCAAAAAAAAGAAAAAAAACCUAAAUCUUAUAAAAGAGAAUUUCUUACAGGUUAUGCUUUCUAUUAUUAAAAAAAACUUUUAUUAUAAUUUUUCAAGUGCCAUUAGAUGACAUAUGUGGGCCUUUUGGUAUAAUGCUUUGGGUACAGAAUGGUAAACAUUGUAACUUUUAACAGGUACAUCUUAAAAGUGUUUUUGUAUCAAUUUGCUAUAUUGCACAAAACCAGUGUGUCUUUUUAAAGGGUUUUUACAGUGGAUUCCUAGGUUUACAUGUUUCUACUGCAGUCUUCUACUGCCAUUUCAUACCAGUCCAAAAAUUGAAUAGUCAACAAUAGUUAAGUGUAUACUCUGAAAUCUUAGAGGUUGCAGUCAUGUGCCCACUAAUGCUAAGUAAGUCCCAUACAUUUCAGUGGGAAUUACAUGUGUGAAAUUAGGCACAGGAGCACAGUCUUAUAGCUCAAUACUAUGUGUAUUUUACUCGGAAGACCCACUGAAUUCAAUGGAAUUUACUUCCAAGUAAGUGCAUGUAGGACUGUAACCCUCAGAACAUUUAAGAUGCAGUAUUUGAAAGAUUUUCCCUACCAUAGCUAUGCUGCUGCUGGAAUUCAACAUAGGGUUGGUCCUGUGCCUUUUAGUAUAAAGAGAAGACUUAAGCUCUUAAUUAUUUGUCUCAUACACUGGUUUAGCAGCUUAAAAUAACGUGCCUCUUAGUAAUAAAAUCUAUACAUUGUUUGCUAUGAAGUAUGCCAUGUAGGUUCAGCUGCCUAUUUGCAUUCUGUCAUAUUACAAUGAAAACAGCCACUUAUUUGAUACUAUAGAGGAAGACAAUUUAAAGUGAUGUCACAGUAAUAAAAAAGAGUGUUGAUAGUCCUCUUCAAGGGGUGGUCAUGUGCUGGAAGGCCAUGGUUUUUUUUUUGUAAGUAUUUAACCCUAAAGUUGACACAGAACUAUUGCUAACUGCAUGCAAACACUUUUCAGUAUAAGCUUCAGUGGUACAGUUGAACCAGAAUGAAUGUUUAUUUUCUCAGAAACACUCAUGCAAAUAUAUUAUAGUGGAUCAUGCUGCUAAUAUAACUUGGGAUACAACUCCUCUCAUGGUGCUACAGACCUCCCUGUCUCAUUCAGACUGAUGUAUUUUUAUCCAUAGAGAAAGGCCUAUACUAGAUUUAUAGAUGUAUGAUAUAUUUUUAUACUGUGACUUAAUUUGUCAUUAAUGAAUUUUGUACACCACCAUGUAUUCAUAUGCACUUGCAAAAGGAGAAACUUGGACAUGUAAAUUUGUACACAAAUGAACCUAUUCUCAAAACUAGAAGAUGAUAGAUGAAAUGGGGGGCUUUUGAUAUGGUGUGAAGUGAAGAACAUACUUGUUUUUAAGAGCCCUUUGAAUAUUAACAAACUGGCGGGAAAUAUAAAAAGAAUGACACCUGAACCUGACUUGGAUUGCUGAAACUUAUAUUUUUAGAUAGUGAGAAAUGUUUGGACUUGUGUGCUAAAAUGUUUAAUGAUACAGAUUUUGAGUCAAAAUAGAAAAAUGCAUUCCAGACUGAAUUUGUGUAUUUCAUUUAAAAUUACUAUCCUGUGAUAUGGGAAAUUGAGUUGCUUAUCAUGUAUAUUUACUUUAAAAUGUAUUCACAAACUACUGUUGUAUUUGUAUAAAAUAUAGACAAAAGAUUGCAUAUAUAUUUUUGUGUAUAAGCUCUGUAAAAUAGCUAUCACAUUAUGAAGCUGCAGCAGAAAUUCAUUUUAGACAUUCAUAUCCAAAGAAACAGACUAUUUAUUGUCCACAUACCCUGAUAAAAAUAUAACUUGCUGCUAUUAAACAAUAGUGCUGCAGCUUCUUGUGGCCUACAGUGUUAUGUUUGCUGUACAAAAAUAUGUGAACUCCACAAAAUAUCAAUAAAACAGAAUGGUUUUAGUUAUGUACAAAAUAUGCCUGGAAUUAAGUAUGGUGUGUGUGUGUGUGUGUGAUUAUGCAAAAGGCUGUGAACUUAAUAUUAAUGUAUUCCAACAACCUUUCUGAUUUGCAGAUAGUAAAUUGACAGCUAAUGGAAGAUUGUGGGUGCCCUCAGUUCAAAAUUUGGUUAUACAUAUUACAAGUCUCAAAAAUGUCUUUAGCAAAGUGGUGACAUCAUUCCAAACUUGGGCAGUAUCAAGAUUUUAAUGUGGAGCUGACAGGUUUAUCUGAACCAUUUUCACCAUUUUUUACAGGUAGGUACCGUAGCUGUGUUGGUCUGACGCAGUCAAAAUAAAAAUAAAAAAUCCUUCCAGUAGCACCUUAGAGACCAACUAAGUUUGUCAUAGGUAUCCAUUUUUUUAGUAUGAGUGACUAAACUGUGGCCCUCUCAGAUGUUGUUAGACAAUUUCCAUAAUCCCUGACCAUUGGCCUUGGUGACUGAGGCUGAUGAGAAUUGAGUCCAAAAAAUCUGGAGGGUUGCAAGUUAGUCACCCAUGCUUUAUAGCAUUAGACUUAUGCUACAAAACCUUACCGUUUUUAAUAUAUAUUAUGAAUCAUUUUAUAGCAAUGGAACUAUGCUGUGCAUAGUAAUCUUCAAAGCCGUAGCAGUGGUGUGGCUCAUAGGUUUCCUUGGGUGACAAGAGUCACAGCUGCCGUCCUCUCUUUCCUGAGUGCAUUGCCACAAAUGCUUCCUAAUUACAGGGUUUUUUUCUAUACAGGGCUUACAGAUACUUACUCUUGCAGUUAGUAAGCGUGGGACAACAGUUAACAUUUAGGCCUGUCUACCUUCUUUUUGCUGAUAGCACUGCAAGAUAACCAACACAAAGGACCAACAUCCAUCUGGUGUGCUGAAUGAGGAAACCCAGCAAAGUUCAUUACAAAGUUCCUUGUAAUGCUUGGUACCAUUUCUCAACUUUGCUUUCCUUAUCACUGGAAUAAAUAUGCCACUGCCUCCUAGCAGAAACACCAGUAGUCACCAUUUGCGGUAGCCUACUGCAUUUCUCCAACUAACUAUCACAGAUACUGUUCAUGUUGGCUUACAACAUUUUAACUCCCUAUAGAAAGCAUGGACUUUUUGAAUUGAAGUCAUACUGACUUUCUCCUUGCAAAGAUUAUGGUAGAACACCCACUCAGUAACAUAAUGUGGUACUAAGCCAGGUCUGCCAAGUCUUGCUGUGUAACUUACUUUCUACACUCAUAUAGCCAUGCAUUAUACAGGAAAAGAAGAAGUGGUAGAUUAGCUGCCCUUCAGCUGCUGAUCAUCUCAUUUUAAGAAACAGUUCCCCAGGACACAGCGUGAAAACCAUUUGCCCUAAUCUGUUAAUGUCUGCUAAAGCUACAUGCUGAAGAUAUGGGGAAGAUUGGAGCUUAGUAGUACAACACAUACUCCGUAUGCAGAAGGUCCCAUAUUCAGUUCCUGGCAUCUUCGGAUGGAGUGAAAGAGAGCUACUGCCAAUGAGUAUAGAAAAUGUUGAGCCAGAUGGACCAAUGGUCUGACGUGGUAAAUGGCAAUUUAUGUUGACAAAUGGCUAUAACAAUCCUUAAAAGAUCAGUUUCGCAGGUCAAACUGGAAAGGUGAGUGGGGCUGUCCACCUGUUCAUCACAUGACACCAGAUGAUUGGCAGGUGGGCACCACAGCCCACCAUUCAAAAUCCCUUGCAAGGGCUUUCUAAGUGCUCAAAAGCUGCUAGAUGUUUGGGAACCUGCAGCAGUUUCAAAGCCCUUUUGCUGUUUGCAAAUGACUUUAAGACAGGUUUUAAUAGACAGUGUAAACUAUAUUGUAUUUUACCAUAGCAAGUGUUUAAUAUAGCACUUAUAAACUUUGUUCUCUUUCGUUUUUGUUUCGGUGGUUCUCACAUCACCUGUUCUACAGAGCAGCCCAUUUAAAAGAUUUCUGAAUACAACCUCAAAACUACCCAAUGCUUGGAUGUAACCAUAUUGAAAUGGGGUGGGGAGUAGAAAGGGAAUCCAAACUAAGCCUGAACAUUAUUGUCUGGAGUCACAAACUUCUCAAUGGCAUUAUUUACAAAUCUAAAGUUGUGGGGUUUGAGAGAAUGAAAGACCACUUUGGAGAGCUGUUUUCUUUCAUAUUGCACUGGAGUUAGAAGAAGAUAGGAAAUCACAGAAGAGUCCUGUGAUAUCUCACUAUCUUCAAAUCCCACCGUAGUAUUGAAGACCCUCUACUAAAUCCCCAAUACACUGAGCAAGGUAGAGAGUGAGAUGUUUUUGUACUGAGCAUGGGGCAUAGAGAGACAGAGAAGCCAUCAGUCUUCGUGUCUGUGCUUAUCGUUCCUAGAAUACAAAUUUAUGCAUGAUUUUUAAAUGCCAUAUGAAAAGAGUACUAAAAUACUGGGGAAUCGUAUAGUUCUUCUGUUGAUUUCAUCAAUCGGUUUCAUCAAAAAUUCAAGCCAGACAAAAUACAAGGUUGCCCCCUUGUGUAGAUACAUUGUAUCAGUCUUUUUUGUUAACAUUACUAAGCACGCAAUAAGACGUCUUACAGUGACUUGCUCAAUAUCAUUUUUUAACUAACAAUGCUUUCAGCGUGCUACAUAUUAUCUGUAUAGGCCACAUUUUUUCCAGUAACUUAAGCUUAUUCAUAAUAAGUCCAAAUUAGUUAAUGUCACUUUUUGUAUAAAGUGUUACUUCCUAACAUUUUUAUCCGUUCCCAUAUUUGACAUCUGAACUCAUAGCUACUUUCUAACACAUUUUCUGCCACUAAAAAGUGAAAUUAAAUGUAACUAUAUAAUUUCUCCUAGCUAACUUUUGACUAUGACAGCAAUAUCUCAGAAGACUCAGGAAGCAAAUAUCCAAUCUCAUUAUAUACAAUGUAUAUUAUGAACAACAUUUUAAUACUACCCAUUAAAUAAGUUCUCUGGUGCACAGAAAAAAGCAUAUAUAAUUAUAAAAGCAUCAGAAUUAAACCAGAAACAAAGAGCACAUGCUUGUUUUUAACUGGAACAACUGGAAAAUAAAACCUGGAACUGAAAAGGUCUGGUGAGCCUUUCUGGGGAGAGCAUUCCACAACUCAGGUAUCCCUGCAAAAAUAUAUGCUGCUUACUAGCCACUCAUUUUGCCUUAUUGGGGGCUCAUCUUGCUCUAUAGGCCGAGGGAGCCGGUGUUUGUUCGCAGAACAGCUUCCGGGUCAUGUGGCCAGCAUGACUAAGCCGCUUCUGGCGAACCAGCGCAGUGCACGGAAAUGCCGUUUACCUUCCCGCCAGAGUGGUACCUAUUUAUCUACUUGCACUCUAACGUGCUUUCGAACUGCUAGGUGGGCAGGAGCAGGGACUGAACAACGGGAGCUCACCCCAUCACAAGGAUUUGAACUGCUGACCUUCCGAUCAGCAAGCCCUAGGCUCUGUAGCUGGAAAGGGGAGAGGUGGGUUUCAGCAGCAUAGUGCGGGCACCCAAACCCCAGUACUUUAAGUAUUAAGCCCAGUACAGUGGUACCUCUACUUAUGAAUUCAAUGCGUUCCGAAUGCACAUUUGUAAGUCGAAAAAAAUUGUAAACUGCAUCAAAGAUGGCGGUCGGAGCUCCAUUCGUUAGCAGAAACAUUCGUAAGUAGAGUUAUUCUUAAGUAGAGGUACCACUGUAGUCUUAAUUUCAUAUGCCCAUAGAGAAAGAAUGGUGGAGAAAGAGAGAAAAAUGGGGCAAUGCACAGAAAAAGGACCUGAUCAGAAGUGUGGUGUCAUUUCCAGGUAAGGCAGCCUCCUUUAUACAAUUCAAAAAGGAAGGUUUUGAUGCCGCAAAAUACUAAUUUGUGUGUACAUUUCUAAUAUGCAUGCAUUUUGCUUACCAUACAUAUAUAAGGUGGCUGAAGAGAUUCAGGUGUAUUAUCCCACAGCCAGGUUGGAUUUUUGUUUACUCCGCUUAUUUCAAAGGAACUCACAACUAAGUGCACACAGGACUGCAGCAUCCUUACAAGAACCCUGUAAGAUAGGUCAGCUCUGUUAUCCUAUACUGAGAGGUGUAAGGGAAGAAGGGUGACACUGAGGAAAUGUGACUCACCCAAGACCGCAUAUUGCAGAAGUAAGAAUGACCUAAAGACUUCACGGCAUACAACUCACACGCUUAGCUACUACACAGAUGAGCUCUGGUAACAGAAUAACAAUGC